UUUCGGAGGUCCUCUUUAUAGGGACAGGAUGGGGUUUGGGAUUUGGGAUUUUUGGGGUCAUUUAGGAGCUUUUUGGGGUCGCAGGAUGUACAGCUACCCAGCCCGGGUCCCACCGCCGCCCCCCAUCGCCCGCGCCGUCGUCCCCUCCAAGCGGCAGCGCGUCUCCGGCAACACCUCGCGACGCGGCAAGAGUGGCUUCAACAGCAAGAGCGGCCAGAGGGGCUCCUCCUCCAAGUCCGGAAAGUUGAAAGGCGACGACCUGCAGACCAUCAAGAAGGAGCUGAGCCAAAUCAAGCAGAAAGUCGAUUCCCUCCUCGAGAGCCUGGAGAAGAUCGAAAAGGAGCAAAAGCAGAAGAGCGACAAAACGGAGGAGGAGCAGGGAGGGGCGUCGAGCAAAAAGGAGGAGAGCGGCCCCAAAACGGAGGCGGGAGGAGAGGAUUCGGCCGAGGAGGGGGACCUGCUGGAUGACGAGGAUGCGGAGGAGAGGGGGGGACGAUCAGCUGGAAUCCAUCAAGGGAGAUGAGAAGGAAGCGGAAGAAGGGGGAGGACGACCGCGACAGCGCCAACGGCGAAGACGAUUCCUAAAAUACGACCCCAAAAAAGGCAAAAAUCACCCCAAAAAUGACCCCCCCCCCCUCCCCA